AUGUUUGGAGGUAACAAACCAGGAGGCUUUUCCUUUGGUGCCGCUCCAACAACAAGCACAGCCACAGGAACUGCAUCAGGAUUUUCAUUUGGAGCUCCAGCAGCACCAACACAAGCAGCUGCAACAAGUGCUGCCACUGGCGCACCAGGUGGAUUCACAUUUGGUGGUGGAAAUGCUGGUGCUGGUACUGGGCUAUCAUUUGGGAAAACACCUGCCACUUCAGGUACCAGUGGUACUGGAUUUUCCUUUGGUGCAUCAACUACUCCAGCAACAGGUCUAGGAUCAGCACCUGGAUUUUCUCUCACACAAACUGCUGCUAUUGCAGCUCCAAAACCUAAUAUUACACCUACAGUCACACCAGGGGGAGGCUUUUCAUUUAGUGGUUCUUCGCAGCCAGCUGCCUCUCUUACAGAAUGUCUUUACGUCCAUAUGAUGGUUAUUUUCUAA